AUGGCUAGUGGCGAUUCUUCAACCUUAUCUAAACAAAAUAUGACGUUUGCACGUUCGAGAAUACCAGUUGUUGGAGCUUUCAUAGAUUAUGUGAACACGAGUAUUGAUUAUUUGCGAAGUAAAUCCUUUGUGGCAUCUGAGCGGCUGCAGGCGAGUUCUUCCAAGCACACCUUAUCUGCGACAUUUGUAGCUUUUGUUUGCUUUUCAUUGGGCGUUGUGAGCAAUGUGAAGUUCGAAGUGGUUACCUUCGAUGAGGAGCCGUUACCGAAUGAUUUACACUUUAUGUUAAUGAGCAAGGAUGAUAAACUUUACAUCAACGAUAUUGAUUCUUCUCGUUAG